ACACGAAGUGUACGGUGCCGACAUCCCCGACGAAGCUGACAUGGACGCCGACGCCGACCUUCAGGAACACGAUGACGACCAUGACAACAACCACCAUGCCUCCUCUCACGCUAACAAGCAGGACUUGGAGGACAUGAAGAAGAGGCUGAAGGAGAUUGAGGAAGAAGCUAGCGCCCUACGUGAAAUGCAGGCCAAGGUCGAGAAAGAGAUGGGCGCUGUUCAAGAUUCAACUGGAUCUUCUGCAAGUCAAGCUGAAAAGGAGGAAGUGGAUUCUCGAUCAAUCUAUGUUGGUAAUGUUGACUAUGCAUGCACACCUGAAGAAGUUCAACAGCAUUUUCAGUCGUGUGGAACUGUGAACAGAGUUACAAUAUUGACAGACAAAUUUGGGCAGCCAAAAGGAUUUGCUUAUGUAGAGUUCGUUGAGAUAGAUGCUGUUCAGAAUGCUCUCCUGUUAAAUGAAUCAGAAUUGCAUGGUCGACAACUGAAGGUGUCUGCUAAGCGUACAAAUGUUCCUGGGAUGAAACAGUAUUUUGGAAGACGACCUGGGGGUUUCCGAUCCAGGAGGCCUUUCAUGCCUGCUCCAUUCUAUCCACCAUAUGGUUAUGGAAGGGUCCCAAGGUUUAGAAGACCUACUCGAUACAGGCCAUACUAGUGCUCAAUUUCAGAGAUUAACGGAUUAUCAUCACCGUGUUUACGAUAAAGGAGGACAAGGCGUUAUUGAUUUACCAUUGUAAUAAUUUUCGUUGGUGGGAGCAAGGACAUGAUGAAUCUUUGAUUUACACACACCAGACAAAAUUAAAUGCCCUUUGCUCCGUUAGAUGUAUGAUAUGAUCAAAUGUUUAGGUUGGUCGCAUCAUUACUGUUUUACUAAGCUUUGUAUGUUCCUAUUACAGAGGGUUGUGAAAGUUUACGUUAUACACACACUAACGGUGUAGGCAACUAUGUAGGCGAAUUUCGGAGUAGUGUUUUAUUAUUGUGACCUUUUAAGUUAUUAAAUUAAACGAUACUGUUCAAUGUUU